AUGAAUGAAGAAAAUACAGAUGGAACAAAUGGAUGCAGUAAAGUCCGAACGGGUACUCAGAAUGAAGCAGCAUUACUUGCUUUGAUGGAAAAGACUGGAUACAACAUGGUUCAAGAAAAUGGGCAAAGGAAGUUUGGUGGUCCACCUCCAGGUUGGGAAGGCCCACCUCCACCUAGAGGCUGUGAAGUUUUUGUAGGAAAAAUACCUCGUGAUAUGUAUGAAGAUGAGUUAGUUCCUGUAUUUGAAAGAGCUGGGAAGAUAUAUGAAUUUCGACUUAUGAUGGAAUUUAGUGGUGAAAAUCGAGGUUAUGCUUUUGUGAUGUAUACUACAAAAGAAGAAGCCCAGUUAGCCAUCAGAAUUCUUAAUAAUUAUGAGAUUCGACCAGGGAAGUUUAUUGGUGUGUGUGUAAGCUUGGAUAAUUGCAGAUUAUUUAUUGGAGCUAUUCCGAAGGAAAAGAAGAAGGAAGAAAUCUUGGAUGAAAUGAAGAAAGUUACAGAAGGAGUUGUAGAUGUCAUUGUUUACCCAAGCGCAACUGAUAAGACCAAAAAUCGUGGUUUUGCAUUUGUUGAAUAUGAAUCUCACAGAGCUGCUGCUAUGGCUAGGAGAAAACUAAUUCCAGGAACCUUCCAACUGUGGGGCCAUACCAUUCAGGUAGAUUGGGCUGACCCAGAGAAAGAGGUUGAUGAGGAAACCAUGCAGAGAGUUAAAGUUCUCUAUGUACGAAAUUUAAUGAUCUCAACUACAGAGGAAACAAUUAGAGGAGAAUUCAGUAAAUUCAAACCUGGUGCAGUUGAACGAGUAAAGAAACUUCGAGAUUAUGCUUUUGUUCACUUUUUCAACCGAGAAGAUGCAGUGGCUGCUCUGUGUGUUAUGAAUGGCAAAUGCAUCGAUGGAGCAAGGAUUGAGGUAACCCUGGCAAAACCUGUGCAUAAAGAAAGCUCGUGGAGACAACAGCUUCUUAACGGUCAGCUGAGCCCCAAUUCGGAACACCUGAGUGUGUUUGCUAACAGAGAAGAGAGCCACCCCAAAAUUCUAGGCAAGCCACCAACUCUUCCAGCUCGUCUCAAUGGCCAGCCUAGCCCAGGCCCCCCUGAAAUGGAAAGAGGCACUUAUCCAUUUUUUCCUGGAACAAAGCUUACUCCAAUUAGUAUGUAUUCUUUAAAAUCCAGUCAUUUCAAUUCUGCAGUAAUGCAUCUGGAUUAUUACUGCAACAAAAAUAAUUGGGCACCACCAGAAUAUUAUUUAUAUUCAACAACAAGUCAAGAUGGGAAAGUACUCUUGGUAUAUAAGAUCAUUAUUCCUGCUCUUGCAAACGGAUCCCAGAGUUACUUCAUGCCAGACAAACUCUGUACUACUCUGGAAGAUGCAAAGGAACUGGCAGCCCAGUUCACAUUACUUCAUUUGGACUACAAUUUCCAUCGCAGCUCAAUAAAUAGUCUUUCCCCUGUUAGUGCUACCCUCUCUUCUGGGCCUCCCAGCCUGCUUCCUUACACUUCAAGGCCUUAUUCUUAUCCAAGCUAUCCCUUGUCACCAACAGUAUCACUUGCUGACGGCAGCCAUGUUGGACAGCGGCUAUAUAUCUCCAAUCAGGCCUCAUUCUUCUGA